CUCAGUAGUGCCAUCUUACACGCGCAUGUUGGUAUUAUCUAUGUGCGUAUCGAUGAAAACCAUGUGACUGUGGCUGAGUGUUCGUAAUGGCCGUUUGUGCCUACAGCUGGUUUUGUUGUUAGGUAUAAUCGUAUAUUACGGUACAUUUUAUAUAAGCACUGUUUUUCAGUCGAUAAACAUUUUACAUGUUCAUUGGGUUCCCUCAAUGACCGAAGAGCAAACUCAUCUCAAAGGACAACUUAUAUCUGAAGAUAAGAUACGAACGAAUUCAGUAGCUUCUCUCUCUUCUUCCGGAGUAUCAGACGAAGUUUCCUUACUUCCAGAAGUGGCCUUUGCGCCGGGUUCUAAUAACGGAGGCACAAUAGAUUCCCCAAGAGUCAAUCGUGAGAACCAGCCGCUCUUAGGGCGGAUGGAAUCGGAUGUCACGUUCAAUAACUUUCCAGAUGAUCCUCUGUUUUGUGAUCUGGUACGGCAAACUGAAGUUGCCAUAGAUACUGGAAUUUUUCCAGAAAGGAUAUCCCAAGGAUCCAGUGGAAGUUAUUUUGUUAAAAAUCCUACAGGGAAAAUUGUGGCCGUAUUUAAGCCAAAGAAUGAAGAGCCAUAUGGACGGUUGAACCCCAAAUGGACCAAAUGGAUGCAUAAGCUGUGUUGUCCAUGUUGUUUCGGCAGGUCUUGCCUCAUACCAAAUCAGGGAUAUCUUUCAGAGGCUGGAGCCAGUUUAGUUGAUCAGAAGCUACAACUUAAAAUUGUUCCCAAAACAAAGGUGGUGAAACUAGUAAGUGAGACGUUCAACUAUCCGCGGAUUGAUCGAGAGAAGGCGCGGGUGAAGCGUGCCAUUAUGGAUCAGUUCCCCACUGUUGGCAGGCGUUUCAAUAGAAUUGGUCUAAGGCCAAAGGUGGGAUCGUUUCAGUUGUUUGUAGUUGGUUAUAAAGACGCUGACUACUGGUUAAGAAGGUUUGAAGUAGAUCCUUUGUCAGCGAAGGUGCAACAAGAUUUUCAGCUGAAGUUCGAACGGCUAGUAGUGCUUGAUUAUAUCAUACGAAACACCGAUCGGGGUAAUGAUAACUGGCUUAUCCAGUACGAUCAGACGAACAUUCGGUCAACUACUGAUGCCGGUGGCGAGUUAGAGGAUGCAACGGUGUGUAAGGAUUGGAACGUGGUACAGUAUCCAGAGAUUUCAAUUGCAGCGAUCGACAAUGGUCUAGCGUUUCCGUUCAAACAUCCUGAUUCAUGGAGAGCUUAUCCAUAUCACUGGGCAUGGCUGCCCCAAGCUAAAGUUCCGUUUAGCAAGGAGACGCGGGAACUCGUCUUACCUCAGCUCUCAGAUAUGAACUUUGUCCAGGACCUCUGUGAUGAUCUUUAUUUACUGUUUAAGCAAGAUAAAGGAUUUGAUCGACACAUGUUUGAAAGGCAGAUGAGCGUAAUGAGAGGGCAGAUACUCAAUCUGACGCAGGCGCUUAAGGAUGGGAGGAGUCCAGUGCAGCUCGUACAGAUGCCCGCUGUCAUUGUGGAAAGGUCCAAAGGUCAUGUAGGUACAACGUCACGCUUCCGUUCUUUCAGCGAUACUUUCACGCAACGCUUCCAGAACAAAAGCCCUUUCUUCUCCUGGUGUUGAUGGGAUCAUUACGCCCUUCAAAGUACUUCACCGUGGCAAGAAGAGACACGAAUGCUUUGUUACAAUGGCUGGGAGGUGGUCUAUGUGAUUUGACGUUGUAAGUAGGGGCAAAAUUAAUAAAGGGGUCGCACCGGUAACAGUCUGAUGAUGUCUCAUACUUUUAUCCACCAAGACUGAAUUAACAGGUAGUGUCCGUUUAAUGUAUAAAAUGCAAAGCCCAUGUUCUUAUUGUCCAUGUUAUAUCACAAAAUUAGAAUUGUAAUGUGAUAUGGUUGUUGCUGGCACAUUUGUCUCGUACACAUGAAGAGCUAAGCAUUUUUAUUUAGAAUUUUGUGAGUGGAGUUCUGUUUACAGUUGAUUAUUGCACGUAAAGAUUUAAUUUGUGAUAUUUAUUUACACUUCCUUUAAAGAAAUGUAGCGGGAUAUUUUAAGGCAGUGUUUCUCGAGCCUUUUAGCACAUUUAGUACAUUUUUGGAAGUUAAAUAUUUUCGUAGAACCCUUGCACAAAUAUUUUUAAAGUUGUUUUUUAAUGAUCGUAAUAGUUGCAAAAGGUUCAUAUUAAUCAAUCUUGGUUUUUUUGGGAAAUUGUGUAUAUUGUAUUUUCAUAAUGUGAAGGGUGAAUCUGCUUUCUGUCCCAAGGGCCUUUAUGUCAGGUACGGUGUCAGGAAAUUAUCCUGAUGUCGUGUUCUGCAUCAUCUACUGCAUCUUUCAAACCCGCAUUUUUUUUUAAUAUCAGUUGUUUCCCCAUUACGUUGUGAGAUUUGAGGUUUUCAUGGUGGCGAUGAUGAUGACGUUCUGGGUAUUGGCACCGUGUAAACUCGGUAGAUGCCAACGUACGUUUAGGAUUUGAGUUUCUCAGUGUGGUGAGUAUGGCAGCAGUAGCACUGUGUGUUUUGAUACAAGUUUGCCAAUGCUGCAGAGGUUGUUGCUGCCUUCGUCAUUGCCCUGAUGAUGGAGGCAUCAAAGACAUCUGAAAUGUUGGUAAACUUCUAUCAAAAUACAAGGCUCUACAACUCAGAAGAUGGCCAUCUUUAAUGUGCAUUUCUUUGAAGCAUCUGCAGUUGGGUCUACAUGGUUCCAAAACCUAGAAGAAGAUAUCAUCAAAUGUUGCCCUGCCAGAGGAAGCGUAAAUGGAUUGCGUAAGCACCGAAAAUCUGGUGGGAAGUAUUCUUUCACUAGCGGUUGGAACGCUGUUCUUGUAAUCCUGGGGUCUCGGGUUCGAUUCCCGGCGGUGCCCGAAU